GAAAUUCAGCUGUUGCAUGUGAACACGUUCUGCAAUCUCUCUCAACCCUUAAUUAUCUGACGUAAUUAUGACAUAUAUGUAUGUUAUUGAAGCAGUGAUCUUGUACGGAGGAUUAUUUCCAUUUGUCACCUCCCAGAACAACACUGUUGCCCGUGUCGGGGAAAGAGUCCACAUGUCCUGGAAUGUACUUCCAGUUGUCCCGGAGUUUGAGAUUGUGUCUAUCACACCUUCUAAUGGAAAGCUCAGGCCUGAAUAUCCCAAGGUCCUGUUCGAUGUGGAGGACUAUACACAUGUGUUUACAACUGACAACACACAUACAGAGAACGGGACAAGGAUUCAGCUGAGUGUCACUCGAUCCCUGCAAGGAAGGACGGUGGUCAGUCUCACAUUCCACAGUGUCGACGUGCAGGACACCGGAGUGUACCAGUGUGUUGCCUACAACAGUGACAGGUCUACUAACACAUGGAGUCAGCUUCUCAUUGUACUGCAGAAACCAUCAACACCGAACAUCAGCACGACAUUUGCCGACUCUGUGUCAGGUACUCCUGUGACGCUGACCUGCUCCUCCUCCUCUCGGAGUCUUCCUCUAGACCGGUCUCUGUACCCGUAUACCCCGAACACGUCCUACACAUGGAGGAGAAACAACAGGAGGGUGGAGAGCGGGGUACACGUGGAGGGGGCAGUCCUGGCUAUAGACAACAUCACCAAGGGGGACACGGGGGUCUACACGUGUCAGUGUGAAGAAGAGGGCGUCCUGUCAGACUGGAGUCAGGGAUACUCUCUGACUGUUCUGUGUGAGUAG